AUUUUGCAUCGUUAUCAACGCAAGUACAACUGGAAACAUAUACAGAAGAAGGAAGCAGACGAAAUCAAGGCUGCCAUGUACGCGACCAAGCCGCUGUCUCUGUUCAAGAGCCACCCGGAUACGGCGUCCCAGCCGCCGCCGGAGGGCCCGAAUUCGGGCUACAUCGUGGUGAAGGGCGACGACGACGGGGAGGACGGUGAGACGUGCUGCUGGGGGCAGUGCGGCGGGACGCGCGUGCGGGACCUCCCGUUCCCGCAGGACCGCGUGCUCACGCUCCGCUACACGGAGCACCACGGGGAGAGUAGCUCCACCUACACCGACUCCGUCGUCUUCGUUCCCGUCCCCGACGCGCCCCUCGCCUCCAACCGCUACUACGCCGUCAUCGCCACGGGGAAGCACAAGGGGCUCGUCAGGACUUGCUCCAGCGAGGAGGACAUGGCCGCGUGCUGCUUCUGCCGCUGCAUCAGCGACGUGGAGCCGCGGCCGUUCGACCCGGCUGACGUCUACCAGCAGAUCGAGAUCGUCCAGCGCCGUCGCGGGCGGUUCACGGCCAGGGCCGUGGCGGCCGACGGCUUCCCGCACUUCCUCUACCGAAAGAAGUACUGGCGGGUGUACGCCUCCAAGGCCAAGAACCACUUCGACCUCGGCGACGCGCCGGGCAUCAACGCGGCGCUCCGGUCGCGCCAGCUCGCCGACGCGAGCCUCCCGACGGCGAUGCCAACGGUUGUCGGGAAAUGGUACUGCCCGUUCUAUCUCAUCAAAGAAGACUGCAUGUCCCGGUCGGAGCAGAUGGACCGCGGAGUGUUCUACGAGGUGGUGCUGGAGCAGCGCUGGGAGACGGUCGGGGACGAAAUCCAUGGAGGAUCGAGGCUGCACAGCACGAGGGUGCUCUACGGCGGGGACGUGGAGGCGAGAGGCGCCCACCUGCACACCGACGGUUACGUGUUCUUCAGGGUUGGGCCCGCGCUGAGCGUGAUUGUGCACGCGAGCUUGUGGGACAGGAUGCGAUGGGAGGCGUACAGGGGAGGGUGGGUCGACGAGGAGGAAGAGGCCGGGAAGUUGGCCGGCCGGUCGGUGCUGGUGGAGAGAUUCGUGGUGAAGAGGAUGGACGGGAGCGUGGUGGCGAACUUUGACUUCCUGCACUUCAACAAGGUCAGAUCGAGGAAAGCAGAAGUGACAUCCCUGACUGCAGAAGUUUAGAGUAUGUAUGCACCCGUCAGAAAAAAUCUUAAUCUUGUUUUGUGUGAUAUAAGUACGUACUUUUUUUUUUCCUAACGCUAGCUGUGACAUGUUCCGCGAAAAAAGAAAAUUCAGAUGUGGGUUUCGCUGUUCAGACACGUUUUCAGUUUUUCUUACUUUUUGGAAGGAGUUGUUUGUAUGUAAAUUAAGAUUUGUGUACUUGUGUAUCACAUAAAUUCAGCAAUGUUUCUCCCAAAAAAAAGAUCAGCAUUUUUUUU